AUGUCAGCAAUUUAUGGGUCGACGAGGCACGACGAAAAAAGAGAGUUUUGGCAAUUCAUUAAGAAUUAUGGGAAGGAUCUGACUCAGCCUUGGCUUAUUCUGGGAGAUAUGAAUGGGAUGCUUUCUUCCUCAGAUCAAUCGGGCAUAGGUCCAUCUCCGUCAUCUGUCCAAGUUCUUAGGAAAGCUAUGAAUAGCCUCGAAUUAAUUGACCUUGGCUCAUCGGGUGGUCGCUAUACUUGGUGCAAUAGGCGAUUUUCUGCUGUUGGUGGAUGCUCGUGGGUUCAUCUUGACAGAGCUCUUUCCUAUCCUGAGUGGAGAGCUUUGUUUCCUCAGGCAACUGUCCAAAAUCUCGUUUCUGCCAACUCUGAUUACUACCCAGUCCUCGUUAAUAGAAUGGGUUCAAACUAUAAUUUGUUUCAUCCUUUCCGUUUUGAGGCAGCUUAA